CGGGCGAUAUGCUACAAUCAUGAAUCGCGGCGAUCAGCGUCCUUCGAUGUGGCUUUACUUUAGUAUAAUUUUUAAAAUAUUUCAAAACCACAUUUCCUUGCACGCAUAACCGCGAAAACGAACACCAGUAAUCUUGGGGCGAACUGGUCUGGGGCGAAUGUGCAUUGGGGCGAACUGACUGUGAAUCGAAGAGCGCCCUCAUAAAAGGCGAUAUAGCCACGACCUCUCUGACGUCACUUCCCAUUUGCUUCAGACAACGAUCAAAGAUGCCCGGACCAGCAGCAAGCAGUACUAAUGUUGGUGGAAGGUCGCCUGGAAAGGCAGUUGCACCAAGAUCCGGAGGUGGUUCACAAGUCAGACAAAGGAAAUCAGCUGGUACUGCUGCCGGUAGGACACGAGUUGCUGCUUCUGGUGGCGGAGGUUCCAGUGGUGGUAUGUGGAGAUUCUAUACAGAGGAUUCACCCGGUGUUAAAAUUGGCCCAGUUCCCGUAUUAGUAAUGAGUUUGUUAUUCAUUGCAUCGGUAUUUAUGCUACACAUCUGGGGAAAAUACACACGGUCAUAGACUAUGGACUCAUAUACUGGACAACACAAUGAAGACAAGGAAUAAUAUAAACUAAAGAAUAUCAUUUCUUCUUUUUUUUAAGUAAUAUUUUUCAAAAGAUUAUUGUACUGUGUAAAGCAGAAAUAAAACUUAAGAAACAAUCUUGUCUAACAAUUU